UGGGACGGAGGUGUGUCCCCAGCGGCCCUUCCAUAGGUUAAUCCCCCACCCGGGGGACGCCUCUGGGCAGGGUCCCCUGAGAGCCCCGCCUUAAUGGGCAGGGUUUAAUUACCGGGCCCAGCUUUAUGGACGGGGCCAGCAUCCCGGACACACCCCCGGGCGGGGCCGCCCCGCCGGGGAAACGAAACCGAAACGUGCAGGGGUGUUUGUCACCCCCGCACCGGAGACCCUCCACCCGGCACGGUCGGACCCGGCCAGAUCCCCCGGCGCCCGCUGGACACGCAGGGACCGACCCGGCGGGCACCCAGCAUGCCCACCAAGACACUCUGGCUGCCUCUGGCGUGGCUAGUGGCCACAGCCACGGUCACUGUCCCCUCGGUGCUCACUCUGGAGGCCUCUCCCAGCUGGAGGACACCACUCAGAGAGCCCCCGACACCGCCUGUGCCCCCUGCUCGUACCGCCGCUCCCUCACAGGACGUGGAGGGCCCCAUCCUGCCCACGCCCACCCCCAGCGCCCACCCCGAGGGGCUGCCUGGCUGGGGUGUCACAGAUGCCUCCAGCCCCACGGUGCCGGCGGGAGCACCGGAGGAAGCACCAGGGGAGCUGGACACCGCAGCCAAUGGGACCACGGCAGUGCCCGACCCUGGCACCAGCGCCCCGCCGUGCCCUGGGGACGAGGAGCCAACCGACACCUGCGGGGAGCCCACGGGGGAGCAGCAGACUGCUGUGGCCGAGGCUCUGGUCACCUUUGCCCUCCGCUUCUACCAGCACAUGGCAGAGGCUGCCCAGCCCGAGGACAACUUGCUCUUCUCCCCCAUCAACGUCGCCGUGGGGCUCUCUCACCUGCUGCUGGGUGCCCGCGGAGACACCCAGGAGCGCCUGGCUGCCCUCCUGGCAUACCCGCCGGGGCUGGACUGCGUGCACAGUGCCCUGCACAAGCUGGCCAGCGCACCGGGCCUCUUCUCGGCCGCCCAGAUCUUCCACCACCCAGAGCUGCGCCUCCGGCCACGCUUCCUCAACGACUCCCUGCGCUUCUACAGCGCCCGCCCAUACGCCCUGAGCGGCAACGAGAGCCUGGACCUGCAGCACAUCAACGCCUGGGUGCGGGAGGCCAGCAAGGGGCUGCUGCCCACGCUGCUCUCCGCGCUGCCCCCCGAGCCCAGCCUGCUACUGCUCAGCGCCGUCCACCUGCACGCCGCCUGGCGCAUGCCGCUGGACCGUAAGAAGACGGUGCUGCUGCCCUUCCUGCGGCCCGGGCACCCCCCGCGCAGGGUGCCCACCAUGACCAGUGCCAAGUACCCUGUGGCCUCCUUCACCGACUCCCGCCUGCAGGUCCAGGUGGGGCGGCUGGAGCUGAACGGGGGGCUGAGCCUCGUGGUGCUGAUGCCACGGGGGCCCCUGGAGCCUCUGGAGACCCUGGAGCGGGCGCUGGACCCCACAACCUUCCUGGCGCUGCUACGGCGGGCGGCCCGCACCCUGCCCCGGGCCACCGCGCUGUCCCUGCCCCGCCUGCGCCUCGACCUCUCCCUGGACGUGGUGACUCUGGUCCACGACAUGGACUUCGGGCUGUUCCUGGACGCGGAGCUGUGCGGGCUGGCGCGGGGCCCGGCCGCGGUGGACACGGCGCGGCACCGGGCGGUGCUGGCACUGGACGAGACCGGCGUGGAGGCGGCGGCGGCCAUGGCCACCUCGCUGGCGCGCUCGGCCCUGGUGCUGGAGGCACUGCGCCCCUUCCUCUUCGUCCUCUGGCACAACUCCGGCGACUUCCCCGUCUUCAUGGGCCGUCUCAGCGACCCCCAGCCCUGACUCUGUCCCUCUUGUCUCUGCCCUCCCUCCUCCUACCCCUCCAUCCUUCUCUCCCAACUCCUCCUCUCCCUCCUCCCUCCAUCCAUCCCUGCCUCCUCCUCUCCCAGCUUCCCUUCUGCCCUCUCUCGUUUACCCCUUUCCUCUCUCUCCUCCCAUCCUUCCUUCCCUUGUCCCUCCUCCCUCCCUUCAUCCCUCCCUCUCUCCAUCCCUUCUUCCCUCCGUCCUUCCCCUCUCUGCAUCCCUUGUCCCUCCCUCUCUCCCCACCUCCCUCCUUUCCCUUCCCAUGUCCUCACCCUUCAGCGCCCCAGCUCCCCAGGGGGGCCCUGCUCCUCCCGUGCCUCAGUUUCCCCGCCAGCUCGGGGUCCCAAUAAAUGCAUCAACCACC